UGCGGAGACAUUCAUGGGCAAUAUUACGACUUAAUGAAGCUCCUGGAAGUUGGCGGGGACCCUUCUUCAACGCAAUACCUCUUCAUGGGUGACUACGUUGAUAGAGGAUGCUUCAGUAUGGAGUGCGUUCUCUACAUCUUCGCAUUGAAGAUGACCUACCCGUUGACAUUCUUCCUCCUCAGAGGCAACCACGAAUGCAGACAUCUCACUGAAUACUUCACCUUCCGACAAGAAUGUGAGUUAUCACUCUGUGCUAUUUGUCACUGUUAUUGUGUCAACAAAAAAACAGAAAUAUCUUUUGAUAGAAGGGUAUUUUGA